AUGGUGCUUACGAAUGUGCUUAUGUUGGCUGCAGCAGUAGGUAGUGAUUGCAGUAAAUGCAGUGGAACUGUAAUAUCUAUAUAUUUUGCCACUAAAGUUAUGGAAAAGGAUGAUUCGAAGGGCACUCUGCGAACAUUUCCAAAGAAAAGAAGUCAUGAAAAUCGAGAAAGGAGGUCUAAAUUUAAUCAAAGCAGUCGAUCAAUUUCUGAUACUUAUUUUGAGGAGUUUUCAAGAAAAUCGUGCGUUGAUGGAUCGGAAGAGAAUGAUGAUCAAAGCUUAUAUACCAGUGAUAACAGUGAGGAGAAUUUUUCAGGCGAUGAAGAAAUAGCCGUCGAUAGUUCAGGAGAAAUUCGUAAAGAAAUUGCGAACAUGCCUCUUUUUCAAGUCAAGAGUAUGAAAGAAAAGCUUGGAGUAAAGCUGUUUAAUCAAACUUUUUUUGAAAGUGAUCACUCAAAAUCGAUUAAAUCGACAAAAAAACCUGAAAUUAUAAAGCCGCGUGACCAUCCGAGAAGGCCGAGAGAGGUUUCAUCAAAAAUUCCUGUUCCUAAAUUUCGUACUGUUUAUCCCAAUGAACGAAUAAACAAACAAAAGUUCGAUCCCAGGUUUGAAGAUUCUUGUGGUCUUUUCAAUGAAUAUAUCUAUAAAACGAAUUAUAGUUUUUUAGAUGAGUUGCAACAAAAUGAAAAAAAGAUUCUUUCCGAUGAAUUAAAAAAUGCAAAAUUACUUGAUAAAAAGAAAGCAGACCGGUUGCGAGCUGCUUUGAGGCGCUUAACUGAUAAGGAAAAGUCAAAGAUUGAAGCUGAGCGUCGCAAGGACGUAGUUCGAGAGGUUCGUAAAGAAAAUGAGGAACGUAUGCGACAAGGAUUGAAACCUAUUUAUUACACUAGAGGCCAAUUGAAAAGGCGAUAUAUGGAAAAAAAAUUCGAAGAGUUGAAAAAAACGAAAAAAUUGGAUAAAUAUUUGGAAAGAAAAGCUAAAAAGCGGAAUAGAAUUCGGUAA